CCGUGUUUUUUUGUAUAGAAACUAUUGCCAAGAUUUUAGUCGUUUUUAGCGAAAACGUUGAUGCGUCAGUUAUCAGCGGUUGUAGCGCUGUGUAGCGCUGCGGGCGCUGUGAGUGCUACGAGCGGGUGCGCGCGCGCCGCCGCCCCGCGCGGCCGCCAGCUCUCAGUUAGUGUUCGACCGCGAUCCGAGCUUACCUGUCGCUCCAUCGAGUGUCGCGCUAAUCCGUUCCGUGCCGUUCGACGGCAAGUGCCAGUGCCCACAUAAGAUGCUUGCGCUUGACGCAGUGGUUUCAGUUCGUGUUAAAGUUUUCUAGUGCCUCAAAGUGGAUUCCGGCGGACUGUAUCAGGCCGUGGAGCAUGCGCGGAGGCUCGAGCGCUCCCAGGCCAUGUAUGUCAUAAAUUUAGCAGAGAUGGCGCACGAGAGCGGUGGCGGCGCGGACGGGUCUCCGCAGCACACGCCGUCGCCGCCGCACGCGCCGCGCCUGCCCCUCGCCGACACCAGCUUUCACCAGCAGAUCAUGCAGAAUCAGAACCCAAGAAAGAACCAUAUUGCUGAGCGGGCGAAACAGACAUUAGAGAGUAGUUUCCUGAUGCAAUUAAAGAAACAGCAGCAGCUGCAGCAAGAGAUCCUGCUGCAGCACUUCCAGCAGCAGCGGCAGCAGCUCGCGCAGGAACAUGAACAACAGCUGAUGCACCAUUUGAAGGUAAAUAUGCUGCAGUUGUGGGAACAGCAGAAGGCCAUGGAGGAGGCGGCGGCGCGGCGCGAGGCGCGCGAGGCGCUCGAGGCGCGGGAGGCGCGCGAGCGGCACGAGCGGCACGAGCGGGACCGCGCCGACCUACUGCGCAAGAAGGACAAGCACGAGCACAGCGCCAACGCCUCCACCGAGGUCAAACAGAAGCUGCAGCAAUUCUUAAAAAAGAAACAAGCUAGUGCAAAUGGAACAGUACCUGGUUCAUCAUAUAGAAAUUGGGGCAUAGUGAAGUCGUCGUCGGGCGAGUCCAUCACGUCGACGGGCGCGACGGCCACCCACCCGUACCGCCUGGCGGCGCCGCUGCCGCUGGCGCUCAACGCCGCGCCGCCGCAGCCCUCGCCCGACUACCCGCUCCGGAAGACUGCGUCGGAGCCCAACAUGCUGAAGGUGCGGCUGAAGGCGCGCGUCAUCGAGCGCCGCGCCUCGCCGCUCGCGCGCCGCCCCUUCAAGACGCGCGUCAAGCAUCGCAAUUGCGAUGGGAGCUCCCCACGCGGCUCCCCUCCGGGAGCAGCAGGUGUGGGCGCGGGGGGCGCGGGGGCCACGGCGCCCAUCCGGGAGGAGGAGGAGGGCUGCGGCCGCGCCGCCGACUUGUUGUUCUCGUCGCCCUCCAUGCCCAACAUCAGCCUGGGCCGGCCGCACGUGCCCGCGCCGCGCCUGGCGCCGCCGCCGCCGCUGGCGGUGCUGCCGCCGGUGUCGGAGGCGGAGGGCUGGGCGGCGCUGGGCGGCCGCCUGGCCAAGCGCCCGCUGGGCCGCACGCACUCCGCGCCGCUGCCGCUCGGGGACCCGGCGCUCACGCCGCCCUCCGCGCACCACUACCUGCGCGACCAGAUACGAAAGACUGUGCUGACGCGCGCGCACGACGCGGCCGCCGCGCAGCUGCGCGAGGAGGAGGGCGAGGUCAUCGACCUGACGGCGCGCCGCGCCCCCGCGCCCGCGCCCGCCGCGCCGGCCGCGCCGCCGUGCGAGCCGGCGCCGCUGGCGCGCGCGCUGAGCUCGCCGCUGGUGGGCGCGCGCACGCCGGCGACGGGGCUGGCGUACGACGCGCUGAUGUUGAAGCACGGCUGCGCCUGCGGGGCGCACGCGCCCACGCACCCAGAGCACGGCGGCCGUCUGCAGUCCGUGUGGGCGCGCCUGUGCGAGACCGGGCUCGUGGCGCGCGCCGAGCGCACGCGGCCCAGGAAGGCCACCUUCGAGGAACUGCAGUCGGUGCACUCGGAGGCGCACGUGGCCGUGUUCGGCGGGCGCGGCGCGGGCGGCGGCGGCGCGCUGGGCGGCGUGCGCCAGCUGGUGCGGCUGGCGUGCGGCGGGCUGGGCGUGGACUCGGACACGGCCUGGUCGGACGCGCACACGCCGGCGGCGGCGCGCGCGGCGGCGGGCGCCGUGCUGGACCUGGCCGUGCGCACCGCCAAGGGCGAGCUGCGCAACGGGUUCGCGGUGGUGCGCCCGCCCGGCCACCACGCCGAGCCCAACCAGGCCAUGGGCUUCUGCUUCUUCAACUCCGUCGCCAUCGCAGCCCGCAUCCUGCACACGCGGCACCGCCUGCAGAGGAUACUCAUCGUCGACUGGGAUGUGCACCACGGUAACGGCACGCAACAGAUCUUCUACUCCGACCCCCACGUGUUGUACAUGAGCAUCCACCGGCACGACGACGGCAACUUCUUCCCCGGCACCGGCGCCGCCAGCGAGGCCGGCGCCGGGCCCGGGCUCGGGUACACCGUCAACGUGGCCUGGUGCGGGGGGACUAACCCUCCGCUAGCUGACGCAGAGUACCUCGCCGCCUUCCGCUCCGUCAUUAUGCCUAUUGCCAAGGAGUACGACCCCGAGAUAGUGCUGGUGUCGUGCGGGUUCGACGCGGCGGCGGGGCACCCCGCGCCGCUGGGCGGGUACAACGUGUCGGCGGCCUGCUUCGCGCACAUGACGCGCGAGCUGCAGCAGCUGGCGGGCGGGCGCCUGGUGCUGGCGCUGGAGGGCGGCUACGACCUGCCCGCCAUGUGCGACUGCGCGCAGGAGUGCGUGCGCGCGCUGCUGGGCGAGCGCGGCGCGGCGCCGGCGCUGGCCGAGCUGGCCCGCGUGCCGCACGCGCGCGCGCAGGCCGCGCUGCGCGCCACCAUCGCCGUGCACCAGGCCACGUGGCGCGGCCUCAAGCGCGGCGCCGAGCUGCUGGCCGUGUCGGCGCUGGACGCGGCGCCGGCCGUGGCGGCGGCGCGCCUGGGCCGCCUGCAGACGGAGCGCGACGCCGCCGACACGUGCCAGGCCAUGGCCACGCUGUCCAUGCACCAGCCCGCGCACUCGCACCACGCCAACUCCGACCACAGAUCUGCGGACAGCUCCCGCUCGGUGUCGGAGGAGCCGAUGGAGCAGGACGAGGGCAAGUGAGCGGCCCGGGGGCCCGGGGCUGGGGGCUGGGCCCCCGCCGGGGACACUUCAACAUUCCGGUUCCGGUAGUUAGCCGAUAGUAGCGUGGAGUGAGACGUACUCGAAUCCGUGUCUGUGCGACUGUGCUACGAGAGCUUUAAGGUGUAGUGAGAGUGGACGAGCCACCGCCGCCUGAUGCGACUACUAUACCAAAGAUUGUUUCAAAUUCUGAUGUUACAAAAAGUAUUUAUUCAAUGUGUAUAUAAUGGAAAUUGUGCAAAUCUAUUGUUGUAAAGUAAAUUUUUAUGAUGGAUAUAAAAUGUUCGUAUAUCUGUGUCCCUCGUGUCGGGCUUGUUCAUGUAUUGUCUGUUGCGUCGCGCUCGGCGCCGCUCCCACUUGUGUAACGUGUGAUAACUUAAUAUGAAACGAAUUACAGAACUAUUCAACUGUAUAUAUAUGUAGGCCCGCCGCCAUGGCGCCGCGGGGCUUGUGUAUCUGUGUUGAUUUAAUAUUUUCACUAUGUGAUGAAUCCUGAAGGAUUGCAAACAAACUUGUAUGAGAAGUUAGAUAUAUAUUGUGAAGUCAGAUGUAAAUGUUUAUAAGAGAAUGGUAUAUUUAACUAGCCGAGUAAUGAGUGCAAUGUGUUUCUGGAAGGUGGAACUUGUUGACUAUAGCCGACUACUUGUCCGUGCGUUACUCGCAUCCUCUAAUUAUAUAUUUUUGUAUGACGGCUGUCUGUGUGUAUACAACGUACCUACGGGAUGGGAUCCUUGUACGAUAAACAGAGUUAAACAAAUGUUGUGUCUUUGAGAAUUUUAUUGUUAAAUUGGAAUAAAGAUGAAAUGAUUAUUUAAUAAAUGUAUAUAUAUUAUAUAUAUAUUUGGAAAUAUAAAGGAAUUUUUAUUUGACCCUCGGCUCGGUACUUAGUGUCAAGCUCACCUACAAAAGUUGGGUAAAUUGAAACGCCAGGCUUACAGUAUUUGCUUUGAUAUAUUUACAGAAUAUUUCAUUCGAUAACAUAUUGGUUCCAAAUCAGUUGCAACAUAUACAGCUGUUGUCACUUAGUACCUACCCGUUAAAAUCGGCAAUUGACAUACAGUAAAUACAAUAUUUAAUUUCAUAUGCUACUUAAUUUUAAUGUCUAUAAACACCCAAUAAAUGCAAGCACUAGAAAUCAUCAACAUAGUAACAAAAUAAUAAUUAUACAUAUAACUGUAUUGAGUAACUGCUAAUAGUAAUAAUACAAAUUACUGAAUACAAUUACAUGUCAUAAUCUGCUGUGUCAAUAUAUAUAUAUACAGCAUUUUAUAAUCUAUAUACAUUUGAUUUUAUGAUAAAGCUAGUGUGUACAAAAAUAACCAAUCACUUACAAGCUACGUAUAAAAAUAUAUGCGACACAUUCUGCAUUACGCUAUGAACACAAAAUACUUGAAUAGACAGCAGGGAAUAUGAUAGUUUCUUUUGAGCUUGUAGGGAUAUCAUUUACUGGUUUAUUGACUUUAUAUAACAAACUCAACCCCAGCCAGUAAGGUAGUAAAUAUUUACACAGAUAACUACAAUUUACAACAGUAAUAAGAAUGUCGGGAGAGCCAUUAAGUACACGGAACACUGCAAUACAGCACUCGGACUUCUUUUGGACUCCGAGCGGACAAGUACUUAGAACAUAGAACCCGAACCCGAGUUCAGUGAUAUCUAAAUCAAUAAACAACAGUUUUAACGAUUACAAUUUAACAUAAGUUUAAAAUUACAAUAGUGAAAUAUGCCAAGCAAUUUGCGGGGGUUUGAUUCCCGCGUCGGCUUCUUGAAUGACGCCCUUAACUGUGUAAAUAUUUGCUGUUACUACAAUAGGCAUAAAUCAGAAUGCAAAUCUGAUAAAUGUAAUUACAGAUUUACGAAGGACAUGUAGUUUAUUUUCUUUGUUCUAAUCGAUCUGUUACACGGCACAAAAUAUAAGAUUGUUCGCUUACCACAUAAACUGAAGUAGUUCUAACUCGUAUAGACAUAAGGUAUAGUUAGCAGUGACUAGUGCCUGUCGGGCGGGUCCAGCGUGGCGCAGUGACAGUUGCACGAACUGACCGGGCACUCCGUGUGCUCCCUGCAACCAUACACU